AUGGACAAAAAAAAAUUAACACCAAGUGCUAGUGGUUCAUCUUCGUUGCUGUCAUCGUCAGCCACAUCAAUUAAGCCAAAAAGCUCCUUAUUAGUACCAUCGUCGACAAGUGGUAGUGCUACUGUUGCUGCUACUGUCGGCAAGAGUGGAACAACAUUACAAAUCGAUCGUGAAAAUUGUGAUCGAGCUAUGAUCUCGAUUAGUUUUAAUGGCGUUGAUCCAUUAUUUAUGUAUACGCAAUUAUUGAAAGAAACGCUUUUGGAUAUUGAAGACGAUGAUGCAAAAUCAAUUAAAGAACUUGCUGAAUACUGCCGUCUUCAAGAUGAUAUUGAUGAAGGCGAAAUUAGGAUGGUUGAAAAAAAAUAUCGUGACCAUACAUCAAUAUGGUGGUAUACAGCACCCUACUUUAUUUAUUCAAUGCUCAAUCGUGGCCUUCGUCUAAUGGACGUCGACAUUAUAAUCAAAAUGGGUUUUUUUAUUCGUCAUUUACAUCAACAUAUCCAAAAAUUAUAUAAUGAACAACAACAAUCCAGCACGAAAGCUACGGCGCCAUUUACAGUAUUCCGUGGACAAGGUUUGUCAGUUGAAAAUUUCGAUAAAAUGAAACAAACCAAAGGAGGACUUAUGUCCUUCAAUAAUUUCUUGUCCACAAGUGAAAAUCGUCAAGUGUCCCUUAAAUUUGCUCGAGAAGGAGCAUCGAAAAAUUCCGAUAUGGUCGGUAUUCUCUUCAUUAUGACUAUUGAUCCUGAUGUAUGUACAAAAUCAAAAAU